AUGAGGUACUUUUACUUUGAUGUUUUGAUUCUUUCAUGGUUUUUAUUGUUCAUCUCAAAUAGUCAUGAGUUAGAACAAGAUCAAAACCAAGGUUUGUUAGAAUUAAGAAUGUUUUUGGAGUUUCCUUCUUCAUUACAAAUUAUGGAAAAUUACAAUGUUGAUUUUUGUUAUCUUCCUUCAUCUUCAAAUUUGAGCAUUAAAUGUGAAGAUAAUUCAAUAAUUGAGCUCAAAAUUUUUGGUGAUAAAUCUUUGAAACCCUUAAGUUUCAAUGGAUUUGCAAUUCCAAAUCAAACACUAUCCAUGAAUUUCUCAAUUGAUUCAUUUUUCAUGACAUUGACAAAGUUGAAAACCCUAAAGGUUCUUACUUUGGUUUCAUUAGGGAUUUGGGGGAAGCUUCCUAAUAAGAUUGAAUCUCUUACUUUGCUUCAAGUUUUGGAUUUGAGUUCAAAUUUCAUAUAUGGUUCCAUUCCACCAAAAAUCUCAAAAAUGGUGAAUCUUCAAUCACUAUCACUUGAUCAAAAUUAUUUCAACACCACUUUGCCUAAUUGGUUUGAUUCUUUGUUUAACCUAACUUUCUUGAGUUUGAAGAAAAAUCACUUCAAGGGUUCAUUUCCGUUUUCGCUUUGUAAAAUCAAGAAACUCGAAGUGAUUUCUUUGUCGCAAAACGAAUUAUCGGGCGAAUUGCCUAGUUUUGAAUCUCUUAGUGGUUUACAUGUUUUGGAUUUGAGAGAAAACUGUUUCGAAUUCGAUUUACCGCGUCUGCCGAAAUCCGUGGUCACGGUUUUGCUUAGCAAUAACUCAUUUUCGGGAGAGAUUCCGAAGAAGUUGGGCGAAUUGAAUCAUCUUCAACAUUUAGAUCUUUCGUCAAAUUGUCUUGAGGGCACGCCGCCUUCGACAUUGUUCUCUCUGUCGAAUUUAAGUUAUUUGAAUCUAGCAAACAAUGUGCUAAGUGGUGAGUUUUCUGAUAAGCUUCAUUGUGGUGGAAAACUCGGUUAUGUCGAUAUUUCUAGCAACAGGUUAAGUGGUUUACUUCCUCCCUGUUUAGCGAAUAGUUCUGAUGGUAGAGUUGUUAGAUAUGGUAGAAAUUGUUUAUCUGUUGAGCCUCAGAAUCAGCAGAGAGGUUCUUAUUGUAAGGAUUUUGGUUCCAGAUGGAAGAAAUUCAUGAUAUUGAAAGUGAUAGCAUUACUGGCUAUUGUUUUUGGAUUUGUUCUUGUGGUUUUGGUGUUUGGAGUUUUUGUGUGUAAAAAAUGUCAUUUCAUGAAGAAAUGUAGAAAGGAUGUGUCGGUAAAGAUUGUUCUAGAUAAAUCCGCAACCGGUGUUUCAUCACAAGUUCUUGCAGAUGCAAGAAUUAUUUCUCAAGCAGUGAAGCUAGGGACACAAACUAGUCCAACCUAUAGACAAUUUUCUAUCCAAGAGUUGAAGGAAGCUACCAAAAACUUUAGUUUGUUAACUUGUAUUGGUGAUGGCUCCAUAGUAAAGCUGUAUAAAGGUAAACUAGAAAAUGGAGCUUAUGUGGUGAUAAGAUCAUUUGUUCUGUCAAAGAAAUGUUCAAUUCAAAACCUUAAAGCUAAGUUGGAUUUACUCUCAAAGCUUGAACAUCCGAAUUUGGUUAGUCUUUUGGGUCAUUGCAUUGAUGGCGGCGUACAAGAUGAUUCGAGCAAUCAAAAACUUCAUCUUGUAUAUGAAUAUGUGCCAAACGGAGAUUAUCAUACUCGUCUAUCAGAAUAUUCUGCAGAAAAAGCACUUAAGUGGCCCGAUAGACUAGCGAUUUUGAUUGGUGUUGCAAAGGCAGUUCAUUUCUUACAUACUGGUGUUAUACCGGGAUGUUUUAGCAACGAAUUAAAAACAAAGAAUGUGUUACUUGAUGAACACUGCAUUCCUAAACUAAGUGACUAUGGUAUGUCCAUUAUCAAAGAAGAUAUCGAAAAGUUUGAGACAAAGAGUGAGAAGAAGUUAAAAUCAUGUCAAAGGACAAAAACUGAUAACGAUGUUUACAAUUUCGGAUUCAUAUUGUUGGAAUCACUUGUUGGACCCAUUACAUGUGACAAAGGAGAAACAUAUUUCCUAAAUGAAAAGGCAUCUUUUGGAAGUGAAGACGGUAGAAGAAAGAUUGUGGAUCCAAUAGUGUUGACAACAUGUUGUCAAGAAUCAUUAUCAAUUGCAAUAUCUAUAACAACAAAAUGUAUAUCUCAAGAGUCUUCAUCUCGUCCUUCUUUUGAGGAUGUUCUAUGGAACUUACAGUAUGCAGCUCAAGUUCAAGCCACAGCAGAUGCAGAUCAAAAAUCAGAUUAA